UGAGAAAUAACUACAGGGGUGCAGAUCAUGACCAAAAACAUCAUAACAGAUACAGCAAGUCAUCUGGGCAAAGCAGCAGCAGCAGCAGUCACAAAAAGCGACAUAGAAAACAUCACCAUUCAAGACACACUUCACCUUCGAUGAAAUUGUGCAUAAUGUGGGAGAAGGAGCUUUUGGAAAAGUAGUGGAAUGUAUUGAUCUUACUGGGAGUGGUAAGCGAGUAGCCGUGAAAAUAAUCAAAAAUGUGGAAAGAUAUCGGGAAGCUGCCCAGUCCGAAAUUAAAGUUUUGGAGCAUUUGAGCAGAAAAGAUCCCAAAAACACUUUUCGGUGUGUUCAGAUGCUGGAGUGGUUUGAUCACCAUGGCCACGUUUGCAUCGUUUUUGAACUUCUGGGACUAAGUACCUAUGAUUUUAUAAAAGAAAAUAGCUUCUUGCCUUUUCCUAUGGAUCAAAUAAGAAACAUGGCAUAUCAGAUCUGUAAAUCUAUAAACUUUUUACAUCAAAACCAGCUGACCCAUACAGAUCUGAAACCAGAAAAUAUUCUCUUUGUCCAUUCUGAUUAUGUAGUCAAUUUUAAUCCUACAAAGAAAAGGGAUGAGCGCUAUUUAAAAAAUAGUGAUAUUAAAAUUGUAGACUUUGGAAGUGCUACAUACAACCACGAAUAUCACAGUGCUUUGGUUUCUACAAGACACUACAGGGCUCCAGAAGUUAUACUGGAAUUAGGUUGGUCCCAGCCUUGUGAUGUAUGGAGCAUAGGUUGUAUUCUAAUUGAAUACUACCUUGGUCUAACUGUGUUUCAGACUCAUGACAGCAAAGAACACCUCGCAAUGAUGGAACGAAUACUGGGACCUUUACCACUCCACAUGAUUCAGAAAACGAGAAAACACAAGUAUUUUUAUCAUGAUCGUCUAGAUUGGGAUGAACAUAGUUCUGCUGGCCGAUAUGUUAAGAGACGUUGUAAGCCAUUGAAGGAAUACAUGGUUUCUGACAACAAGGAUCAUCAUCAGUUAUUUGAUCUUAUCCAAAGAAUGUUGGAGUAUGACCCUGCUAAAAGAAUAACGCUUGAAGAAGCAAUGAAACAUCCAUUUUUUGAACUGUUAAAAUUUUAGUUAAACAAAAGAGCUUGAGGCAUUUACACUGCAAGAUUUGUAACUGGUUUACUAUGUAUUUAUUUUAUAUCGAUCUCAAGUCAAGUUAAUGUAUUUUAAAAAAAACAUUUCUGUAAAUUAAAUGUGUACAUAUUCUCUGUAUAUUUUGAGUGACUGUGUGCUAGUGAAUAUAGCAUCUGAGCUGUCAGGAUGCACCAAAUCAAAGAUUUUUUUUUUUUUUUUUUUUGGGUGCAGGAUAAGGCCAAAUCUGAACCCUCGGUCAUGUGACUAAAGCGCUGGACAACUGUAUGCAACAUUUUUUUGUGAUGCAAAUUGUGUAAUAUUUUUCAGAACUGAUUAUGCAAAUGAGGGUUCAGAUUCAGUUCGGCAUUCGGUAUUACGUGGAAUUAUGGAUCUGGCACACCCCCUUGUCACAAGUGCAUAAUAAUUCUGUUGUAUAUAGUACAGUUUGUAACAUAAUGCUUUUACAAACCUCGGAGGUUGAUAUUUCUUUACUUAGUAAAAGAAAACCUUCUGUUUAUUAAA